CCGGUCCUCUGCUGUCUGCUGGACCUGUUGGUGGUUUUGGAGAAGCCCCCCUCCUCGCUCGGCCCCUCCUCCUCCCGCAGGAAGCCCUGUCGCCAUGACGACGUGCUGCGUCUGGUCCUGACGCACAUGGAGGCGGAGCACAAGGUGGCGCUGCGGCGCGUCUACGCCUCGGCUCUGCCGGCGUACGUCGAGAGGAUGGGCGUGGCGGUGUGCAGACACCUGCGGCGGCUGGAGCGGGUGGUGCUGGGAUACCUGGAGGUUCGAGAUCCGCCCGAAGAGACGAGUCGACUGAAGAUCCUGGAGGGGCUGCAGAAGAGCAUCAGAGCGACCUGGCCCCGGAUGGCGUGCCGUGUUGACGUGUUGCUGCGUUGCCUGUUGAAGUUGCUGCUGUCUGUCUCUGCAGACUCUGAGCUUGGUGACUCUGUCAGACAGACGCUGAUGAGUGAGACGUCUCUCUGCAUCAAACUGCUGGAUGCCGUCUCACACGGGAACGUCCAGCCUCUCCUCCAGCAGGUCGACAGCAGCUGCUGCAGCUCUGAGGUGCUCAGUUGCCUAGCAACAGUAACCAUGACGACAGAGAGGUGAUGCUGCACACCUGGAACACCUGGACUGUAACGGAGCUGCUCCUGUCAGACAGAACUGAGGGCUGCUGGAAUAUCAUUAUGAAUGAGUCAAACAGUUUUAUCACAAAGACUUUAUUUAAAGAUAAAAAUCAUCAAAUACAACAAAGCUGUAAAAUCUGUUUCACAUGUUGACCUGAAGGCACCACGAGCUUCUCACAGACACACCUGGUUUAUGCUCCACGUAUGCUAAUGCUAAUCAGUGUGGGGCUACAACAGUAAUCAGUUACAUUACUAGUUACUGGAGAAAGUAAUCAGUUACUGUAAAGACUGAUGCUGCAUUCAGGUCAUGUGGGAGUUUCUGACUCAUAAAACCAGCGUUCAGUGUUUAUAGUUCACAAACUAACAUUAGUGAUCAGCUGCAACCAAUAGAUCCAUAUAUUGAUUAUAGGUAGAGCUGGCACUCUGAUUGGCUGUUGCAUAAUUGAAGAUGAAUAAGGUUGAGAGUGAGAGCAGAAAGUGUUUGGAGCUGUAUCACAGUGGUUUCCCAGCAGCUGUCAGUUUAAAGAAGUAAAGCUACAGUCACAUGGUUUUAUUCUGUUUCUGUUCACUUUAAUGAACUUAUGAUGAUCUGAGUGAAAUCAGUGGUUUUGUAAAUGGAGUCCGGUGGGCUGCUUUGUUCUGAGAUGCUGGAGCUGUAGAGCGACAUCUAGUGUCAGAAUGUUGUAUAUAACCAUUAAAGCUCCAGAACAGCGAGUGAAUGUAGUUCAGGGUUGUUUCUGUGUACAUCAGUGUGUGAGCAGUGAGUCCAGCUGGUCCAGUCUGUGUUUCAGUCCCAGUACACUGUCCUCAGUCUCCAGUCGUCUCUCCUCCAGAGUCUCCUGCCGAGUCCACAAAGUGCAGCGCAGACGAGCCUGAACAGCAGACGACAAACAGUCAGUGAGCUUUCACUCACAGUGCACACAUUAAAGCUCCUCUCAGUGAGUCUGUACUGUAUCUGUGUGUGUGUGAAGCUACAGGAUCAAUAACUGUUCCUUACUAACUCAGAUACUAACGUUGGUUGCAACGUGAGUAUUUGAGGGCAUCAUUUCACUAGUUUGGAUGCAGUCGUCAUGGUUACUGUGAGCAUUCAGUGUGUACAGCUGAUCAAUGUGUUCACUACAGAUGUUCCAAUAUCCUUUAUUACAACUGCUCAUUAAAGAUCUCUGCAAUAAUCAAUCUGUGAUUAUUUCUGUUUAAUCUGAUUAUAAAUCUGAAUUAUUGUUUAUUAAUAAUAAAAUAGUUUACCUUCAGUCGGU